AUUCUUCUUCGUCGUUUUUCCCCCCACGUUGAGUAAACAGACGGAACUCUACACGUGUCUUUGGGAGGACGGUUCGGUUCGUUUCGUUUAUUUAAAUACACUCCCCACGAUAAAUUAGCAUGACGACUAAUCAGGAGAUGCAGCUCCAGGCUGCGACAGCGAUCAGCGGAAGUGUUCAGAUUCAAAACCCGAGCAGAACCAUGAUCCCGCUGGGGAAACCCAAAUCCGGACGGGUGUGGAAAGAUCGGAACAAACAGAGGUUCUCUGCUCUGUUGCGUGAUAAACCUCUGCGCAGCUCCUGGCAGAAGAAGAUGGAGGCCAAGAGGGAGAAGGAGAUGGUCAAGCAGUACCACCAACAGCUGAAAAACAACAAAGCCAGAGAGAAGGAGGAGAGAAGGAAGAGACAGGAAGAGAAUCAGAGGAGAAGAGCAGAAAACGAGAAGAAAGCAGAGAUUGUUCAAGUGAUUCGCAACACGACCAAACUGAAGCGCAUGAAGAAGAAACAGCUGAGGAAGAUCGAGAAGAGAGAUACGCUGCCGGCGCUGCAGAAAACCCCGCCCACCAUCAAAAAGCCCAAAGAGGGACAAUAAAAUAAAGACUUUAAAGCCUGG